UAAAGGGAGACAAAUCAUUUUAUUCAGGACAACAGAUAAAUUCAGCAUUUGCAAAAGUGAUGUUUACCUCAUAAAACAAAAUAAACUGUACAUUCAAUUGGCACCAUGGCUUCAGUUUUGACACCAUUUUCACCACCAAACUGGUGUAAUAGACUGUCACACAUUCCUAAAUAUUUUGUGAGGCUGGGUAAUAUGAAUACACCAAUCCAUGAGUGGAGACUUCCAAAUGUACCAAUUGGCUUUAAAGUUUACAUCAAGAGAGAUGAUAUGACUGGGUCAACAUUGUCAGGUAAUAAGGUGAGAAAACUUGAGUUUUUAUUUGCUGAUGCCAUUGAGAAAGGCUGUAAGAAUGUCAUCACUUGUGGUAGUAUUCAGUCUAAUUUUGCCAGGUCUACAGCAGUAGCUGCAGCACAGCUUGGGUUGAAGUGUCAUCUUCUGUUAAGAAGUCCAGAAGUGCCUUAUACAAUGGAAUCAAUAGAAACUAAGACCGGUAAACUUGAAUACAAAGAUUGCAGUGCUAAUGUAAUAUUUGAAGGAAAUGUUUUAUUGGACAAAAUGAGUGGUGCUAGUAUGUAUUUGAUACCAAAGACCAGCAAAUAUGUGAAAGACAUAAAACCAAGGAUGGAAAAACUAGCAGGUCACAUCAAGAAGGAAACAGGAGAAGAUUCUUACUUGGUACCGAUUGGUGGAUCAAAUGUUGUAGGAUUAUAUGGUUAUCUUACAGCAUUCCAAGAAAUGAUCUCUCAGGGACUUUUAGAAGACUUUGAUGAUAUUGUGUUUGCCUGUGGAAGUGGUGGAACAGCAGCAGGACUUUCUAUAGCUAACUAUCUAAACCAAUCAAAACUCAGAAUCCAUGCAAUAACUGUUUCUGAUAACAAGCAAUCAUUUAUUGAUCACAUAAACGACGCAUUAAAAGAAGUAGGACUUGGUGAUUCCGUUAGUGCUGAUGACAUAAUAGAUAUUGUUGAUGGAUACAAAGGACUUGGGUAUGGCUUAUCUACCCCUGAAGAACAAGAAUUUAUACAGUCCGUGAGUAGAAGUACUGGUAUAAUAUUAGAUCCUUGUUAUUCUGGUAAAGGAGCUAAUGGGCUAGUGCAAGAACUUACAUCAAAUCCAGAUAGGUUCCAAGGAAACAGAAUUUUAUUUAUACAUACAGGUGGAAUUUUUGGUUUAUUCGAUGGAAAGAUGGAUUCCUAUUUAAAGGAGAGAAAACAUCCAGAACCUGUGGUAUUAUGGAAAGAACUGGAUGACUUAUUAAUAUAGAUUCAUGGAGAAUAAUAGAUUCUGGUACUAAGUUAUAUAAUGAAAUUUGAAUUUUUAUUGAUCUCUGUGAUAAUUUAUAAUGAUUAUUUUAUAUAUAGACAAAUAUUUUAUUGUCUGGAAUGCUUGGGCCUUUGCAAUGUCUGCCAUAAGUUGAGGUAAAGAUAAUGAACACACUGCCUUCAUGGCCUUAAAAAAGGUUGAUUAUUUUAUUAAUUGAUUGGGGUUUAACACCACUGUUUAGCACACAACUCAAGUGUAUUAACGUUAUGUCUGACAUGGGGAAUGCUGGCUAAUUGAAACAUAAUAAGUGAAUAAAAUUAAAAAAAUCUUAAUUUCAAAAGUACUAAUAAAUAAGAAGACUGUUUUGAGAUGGCAAAGUUCAACACAACAAAUUUUGUUUUUUAUUUUGACUGAUUUUUGAGAAUCCUGUAGAAAGUGUCAGAACUUAUCAAUAUUAUCUACCUUUCAGAUUUGUCAAACAUCAUUGUGGUCAUUCUAAAAAUAAAACCUUGACUGAUGAUUGUCUUGUGAUGUGUCAGUGCAAAUAGGCUAAAUUGAGAUGAGAAUUCAUAAUAGUUUUUAUGCAAAUGAUAUAAGGAUCAUAGUCCAUGGAAACUUUUUCAUUUUUUA